GCACUGAAGCAUGUUGCUUGUGCUGCUGUUCUGGAUCGGGCUCGCUGGGACCCAGCAGGUCCAGCACCACAGCUCCACCGGAACAGAUCGGCGGGUGGAGCCGUGCUUUGUGGAUGAUGCGGUGGCAGCGCUGCGUGAAGCGCUGCAGACUGACGGAGCGCUCUCCAACAGCAGCCUCACCCUGUUUGGAGCCUGCAGAGCGCCGGAUCCUUCCUCCCGCUCCACCUUGUUGGUGCUUUCAGAGGAGAGGCGGAGAUGGCCAGAUGGAGGUCUGAAGGUCCGGCAACCAGCUGCAGUGUUUGCAACAGAGGAGCGAGGGGUCGUCACCCUGACCUUUGACCUCCCAGCAUCCUCUUUGCUGGAGAUGAACUUGCUGCUGCUGCUGCUGGCCUUUGAAAGCCCCGCCGCUGCUGGAGACCUGGAGGUCACGUUCAGCAGCCGCUUUCUGCUGCCACACUCACAGGUGAAGAAGAAACAGCGGCGCUUUUGGAAAGAAAGCCGUUCUAAAUACAAUUCAACCCCUGUAUGGGAUUUCAAAUGAGAUGUUUUUAAGAGGUUCUGAUCCCUCUCUGGUUGUGCUCCGUUUUACCUUCAUUGUUCUGAUCUGUGAUCCUAAUGGAUGCUCUUGUCUGUAGUCUGCUUGUAUCUCAGAAGGAACCCUCUAUGUUCUCCUGAUGGGCAGAUCUUCCAGCAGCAGCUCUCAGCACAGAUGGACAAUCAGCGCUGAAGCAAAAUCACCAAGAAUGAGUAAACUGGUUUUAAAUGAUUAUACUGGAUUCACAUGAGUAAACUGGUUUUAAAUGAGUAAACAGGUUUUAAAUGAUUAUACUGGAUUCACUGGAUUUUUAUUUUUCCACUUUUGUUUGCACAGGAAUAAGGUUUCACACAUUUCUCUUCGUUUCAGACCAAAACCUGAUAGACGCCAUCAUUGGUGGGAAACCUGGAGGUCCGGUUGGCGUGACGCCACUUCUGCUUUUCACAGGAGAGGAAGGAAUCAAUGGCAGGUUUGCUCCCAUUUUGGUUUUCCUUCUUUCCAAGCGGAUGUUGUGGACUUCAGACGCGCCUUCUGUUUCAGCCGUCCAGCUGCCUUUGGUUCCUCCGGGGUUCCUGUGCAGACCUCAUUCGUCUGUGAACUGAGGAGGUUCCUGGAGGGCGUCCUGCCUCAGGACCAGGACAAACAGCCACUGCUCCAGCUGGACUCCCUCCAGGCCCUGCCCCCCCUUCCCCUGGGCUUGUCCUCCAGUGAGACCCUGCUGGCGGCGCUUAUUAAUUCUUCUGCUCCAACUAUCUUCUACUUCAACAACUGGGGCUCCAAGUCUCAGGGCCUCCGGGGACAGCUGAUCCUGUCUCCUGCGCUGUUGGUGGAGCUCAGGCUCAGGCUGGAGCAGAGCGAGAUGCUCAUUCUGGAUCUGGCAGAGCAGGAAACGGUUUCUCCCAGAACCACGGCCCGACUGGAAAGGCUGAAGGACCUCAGUGCUUCUCAGCAGAUGGAAGCAGCGGAGAGUCACUUCUGUGCCUUUCUUCUGCUGAAGGCGCUGAAGACGGUGGCGCAUGCGUACGACAUGACCAGGCGACUGCGGAGCACCAGGGCGGGUCCCGACAGCCCGCCCAAGGGCAACAUCUGUGGGCUGAGGAGCCUCACCGUGUCCUUUGAGAAGCUUCUUCUGGGUCCGCAGAGCGCCAACAUCAACAACUGCCGCGGGGUGUGCUCCUUCCCUCUGAUCAACGGCAACAACCACGCCAUCCUGCUCACCUCGCACACGGAGAGCGUGGCGGAAGAGCGCGCGCCCUGCUGCGUGCCCGUGGCCUAUGACCCCCUGGAGGUCUUGGACUGGAAUGAUGAAGGCUCCUUCCUGUCCAUCAAGCCGGACAUGAUCGCGCGGGAGUGUGGCUGCCGCUGAGCCCCCCCUCUGUGAGAAGGGGGAGUCAUACCUACUUUGUUCUGAGGUUCUGAUUCUAUUCAGCGUCACACAUCCGUUCACUGUUAAAGUUGUGAAUCCAGUUUUCUGACGUUCUCGUGGAACCAAAUGAGAGUCGGAUGUUUCCAUGUGUUUCUGCGUGUAUAUUUAUCCACACAUAUAUAUGUAUGUGUGUGUGUGUGUGGGGGGGGGGGGGGGGGUAUCUGACUAUGCACUCAGAGAGGGAACAGGACUAGGGCAUGGGGAUUUAAGAUGUUUCUUUUUUCCAUUUUUUUUCUCUCUUGUCCUGUUUUUCCUCCAAAGCUCGUGUCAGAAAUAAAACAUCACAACCAAAGAACUCAGACCAGAACUCAAUUCUAGGUUUUUCACUGAAGACACAAAAUCCAAUAUUAAAUGAAAGAUCGAUUCAUUC